GACAGGGAGAUCAUUGUGUUCUCACAUGACACAAUGAUUAUCAUCCUUAUUACAACCAUUAUAUAUUUCCCGCUGGGAAUCGCUCUGCGUGUGUCUCAGCCUUAUCGUGUAGAAGGGAAAAUGGGACAAGUCAAACUGCACUGCUCUUUUAGUUCAAAGUUUAAGCCACUGGAAUUACAGGUAUCUCUGUAUAAGGGCUUGCAUGGCCAAGAGAAGAUCUGUUCUGCCUAUGUCAGCCUCUCUGAGCCCUACUUUAUAACAGAUGGUGCAGUCCAUUGCAGAGGGAAUAUAAGCUCUGGAUCAGUGGAUAUGAUCAUCAAUGGACUCAAGGGGGAAGACACAGACAUCUAUCGCUGUGUGAUAGAGAUUCUGUACCCACCUCCAUAUCUCAGGAUGUUUGGAAAUGGCACUAUUGUUUACAUACAAGAAACCCCAACCUGCCCUACUGCAUUUACCCAUAGUCAGAGCCAAAGCCAGAGCCAAACAGCAGAGCGGACAUCUGUCAUCGAUGAUGUGGGCCCACUUCCUCUGCUAUAUGCCAUUCUAAUCAUUACUUCCUUCAGCUUUAUUCUACAGAUAAUGAAAAACAUUUGGAAAUGGAGGGACAAUGGAUCCAUGACACCGAUGGUUUCACAAAAAGAGAGCUAUAGACAAUUCUAAGGGGUUAAUCUCCAAUUGUUUGCAUUCACAUGUAAUUCCCUCCUGCAUGUAAUCACAUGUACAGCAUUUUAAUCUUCAUGUAAUCACAUGUAAUGUAAUUUCCACCUGCAUUUAUUCACAUGUACUCACAUGUAUUCUUAUUUGCAUGUACUAUCAUGCAUCCUCUUCUGCAUGUAUUCACAUGUAUUUGUAAAGUAUUUGAUUGUUUUCCUUUUUUAUUUCUUUUAAUUUCAUUUUUUUUAUAUAAGAAUUAAAUAU